GAUGGCUACUUUGCAUGCUGCACGCUGGGUCUCCUCACUCAAUCCGUCCUGCAUUCCUCCUAAUGUGCUUGAUGCGACCGCCCGCAGUUUUUACAACUGGGUCGGGUGCGCUGUUGGGGGCAGCAACCACCCCGCCGUUUCAAUCGCGCGCAGCUCCCUUUCUCGGUUUUUUGGCGCCCCGACUUCGUCCUUACUGGGUGCUUUUGGCACCCGGGUGGACGCGCAGCAUGCAGCAUUGCUCAAUGGCAUCGCAUCGCACGUCCAUGAUUAUGAUGACACCCACCUAGAGACCAUCAUUCACCCAACAGGCCCUGUGGCGGCUGCCCUUCUGAGUAUCGCCCAGUCGCUUGAUCAACCCGUAUCAGGCGCUGAGUUUCUCACUGCCCUUGCUGCUGGGAUUGAACUUGAAUGCAAGAUUGGACUAGCAGUCUGGCCGAGCCACUACGAUGUGGGCUGGCAUAUAACUGGUUCGACGGGCUCCAUCGGAGCAGCCGUAGCAGUCUCGCGUCUCCUGAACCUCUCACCUGAGAAGACGGCCCAUGCUAUUGGCAUCGCUGCCACGCAAGUUACCGGUCUUCGUGAAAUGUUUGGCUCGCAUACCAAGUCCUUCCAUCCGGGUCGGGCAGCCCAGAACGGACUUCUAGCCGCUAUACUGGCAUCAAAUGGGUAUAGCAGCUCCAUGCAGGCCUUGGAGGCUAAAAGAGGAUGGGUGCAGGUCAUUAGUCAUGAUGACAAGCUACAAGAACAGAUGGCCAGAUUGACAGCUGGAGAUCAAUGGGAAAUAGAGAAAAACACAUUCAAGCCCUUUCCGUGCGGAAUCGUUAAGCAUCCAGUCAUUGAUGGCUGCAUCUGGCUUCAUAACGAACUCCGCGGACGGAGGCUACCACUGGAUGCCGUGGAAAAGGUCCGAAUUACUGUUCAUCCAUUGGUGUUAGAGUUAACUGGCAAGGCCCAACCUCUUGAUGGAUUGCAGGCGAAGUUUAGUGUCUAUCACGGCGGCGCCGUUGCUCUGGUAUAUGGAAAGGCAACGCCAGCACAAUACGAGGAUGCUGUUGUGACCAAUCCAGAAAUUAUACGAAUGCGUGAGAAGAUCAUCGCUACAGUAGCGCAUGAUAUUCGCACGGAUGAAUGUCAGAUUGUGGCCGAGUUAAGCGCUGGCGAUGAUACAAUUAGACGACAUGUGCAUCAUGCCAUCGGUAGUCUUGAUGCGCCAAUGACUGACAGUCAGUUAAGAGAGAAGUUUACCGGCCAGUGCAGCCCUAUCUUAGGGUUGGAACAGGCAAAAAAAGCCAGUGACUGGGUCUGGGAAAUAGCAACAAAGGGAGACGUCCGACAGAUUGGACGGCUCCUCUAGAUUUCCACUCAUGCAAGCUUGUACUGUACCCAGAAUUGGUCCCCGUUAGCACAUAAGACAGUAGUUUUACUCCACGUCUUGUUCCAUUGAUCUACUUUGGCCAUUUUCCUCAGCCGACAGAGCGGGUAAAGCAGAAGCCUUCAAUCAUCCCUUUCAGUCCAUAAGCAGCCUGAGAUAAACUUACAUGGU